ACUGAUCAUUGAGUUUCUUGAGAGCUACCACCAUGCUGAAAACUGUAGGAGUUCUUUUGCUGUGCCUCGCGGCUGUUGCUUUCGCUGAUGAAAGAGAGGAGUUAACCUGCCAGGAGGAUCGUGCCAAGAGGUUGAAUGCCACCGUUACGGAGAGCAUCAUCCACCUGAUCCCCGAAUGCGAUGAGAAUGGUGACUACGCCGCUAAACAGUGCUUCACGAACAGCAAGUGGUGCGUAUGCUACACAAGAGACGGCACCAACAUCGGCCGACCUUCUAUGAAGAUCAAGGCAUGCGAGUGCGUCAGACAGAGACACGAAGCCAACCUUUCAGGUGAAACCUACGUUCCUACCUGCUCAGAUGAUGGUUACUACAGACCAAAGCAGUGCAACCGGGACGAAUGUUGGUGCGUCGACAAAGACGGCAACUCCCUCACUGACCCUAAGACUGGCGAUGUCACCUGUUAGUUUUUAUUUCUGGAGCAAAAUAAAAUAAUGUUCUGAAUUAA